CGUACUUCCAAAGACGGAAAACUUCACCUCGACCGGUAAGAAAAGCCUUUCAGAAAACUAAGAACCAUGCUUGGACUAGCAGUGUUCGCAUCCCUUUGUUAUUUGGCCUCUGCAGCCCUGAACAAGCCAUCGUUUUGUCGGGACUUGGACUGUCCAAAAUAUACCGUGCUCCAGUCAUUUCCGGGGUUUGAGCUGAGACGGUAUGAGAUGUCCCAGUGGGUUGCAACAAAAGAUCUGGUGACGAGAUACGAUGCUCUGAAGAACUCAAAUAUGUUUUAUAAAUUGUUCCACUACAUUUCUGGAAAGAACACACUCGGAAUGAAGAUGCCGAUGACAGCCCCUGUGCUGAGGACCGUUAUCCCCGGGGUGGGAAGGAAUAACCAACAGACUAUGAUGGAGAUGCAUUUCAUGAUCCCCCACAACAUGCAGCCAUUCCCCCCGGCCCCCACCGACCCCACCGUGUACAUCACUACGCUCCCUCCCCUGGACGUCUACGUCAAAUCGUUUGGUGGGUUCACUAAUCACAGAAUGAACCUGAUGAAAGUGGAAGAACUGAAGAAUCAAAUUAACAACAGAAAUCUCUUCCAUGGAGACCAUUUUUACACGGCCGGAUAUGACGGUCCCAGAUCUAUGAAUAGACAUAACGAGGUCUGGCUCGUUGCCAAAAACUAAUAAUGUGCACAAGACAUAUUUUCAUGAUAUUUUCAUGUCUUAUACAUAUUAUUGGACUGAUCUAAUAAUAAAGUUAUCAAAAUAAUAUGUGCUCCCUACUGAUGAUGUAAAUAAAAAGUUU